AUGAAGGAUUGCCCAGUAUUAUCAAUUGUUUUACAAAUUCUUUUUGAAGGUAUUGACGAUGAAUGUUUAAAGGAAACGAAUGUUUUCGAUGAUCUAUGGUUCACAAUAACCAAUGAUGGUUUAAAAUCAAUUACUAAAUAUUCUGAAUAUAUCAGUAAAAAUUGCAUGAGUCAACAAUUGAAAAGUCAAUCAAUAUUAUUUCGAGCAUUAUCGGAACAUUACCGCGAAAAUGUAUUUUUAUCAUUAAAAGAAAACAAGAUUGUAGACGAUGGAAAUUUAUAUAAAUUAACAUUAGAUGAUGUUACUGAACAUGGCUGGUUGACGAAUGUACGAACUAUCAAAGAUGAUGUUGCACCACGAUCAUACAAUAUGCUAUUGGAAAAACUUCGUUCUUUCCAUAAGAAGGCAGAAUUGCCACAACCUGAAGAGUCAAAGACAAAACAAGGUGCUCAGAGAAUCGAAUUAGUACGACCAGAGCUGGCAUCUCCUGAGAACAACAACACAAAUGAAAGAAAACAAGUACCAAUUUUAAAUAAUUGUCAAAUAAAGGUUCAAAUGGGAAGAGCAAGAAUUCGUAAAACAAAACAAGCAAUGAAAGGGCCACAAUCUUUAGCAACAUCAAAACAAAUUCCACGAGAAGAAAAAAUUUUAGUUCCGCAACCGGCAGCAUCCCAGGAAAAUUCAAUAUUUAUAACUGGUUUACCAACGACAAUUUCCGAAGAACUUCUGUUCCGUACUCUUCAGGAUGAAUUUUCUAAUGUUGGUAAAAUUGAAGUAAUUGAAAUAAUAAAUUUAGAAAAUGAAUUUUUUAACUCCGUGAUUACCAUUUUAGAUAGAUGA